UGAAAAUGGAAGGGAAUGUCUCUACAUUUGAAGACUCUGAAGCGACUCAUGGCAGAUGAGCUGGAGAGAUUUACCAGCAUGAGAAUUAAGAAGGAGAAGGAAAAGCCCAAUUCUUCUCAUAGAAAUUCAUCAUACGGGGAUGAUCCCUCAGCACAGUCAUUGCAAGAUAUUUCAGAUGAGCAAGUUUUAAUACUUUUUGAACAGAUGCUGGUGGAUAUGAACCUGAAUGAGGAGAAACAGCAACCUUUGAGAGAGAAGGACAUUAUUAUCAAGAGGGAGAUGGUGUCCCAAUACUUGCACACCUCCAAGGCUGGCAUGAGCCAAAAGGAGAGCUCUCGGUCUCCCAUGAUGUACAUUCAGGAGUUGAGGUCAGGCUUGCGGGAUAUGUCUCUGCUCAGCUGCCUGGAGUCCCUUCGUGUCUCCCUCAACAACAACCCUGUCAGCUGGGUGCAAACAUUUGGUGCUGAGGGCCUGGCCUCCUUGCUGGACAUCCUUAAACGACUCCAUGAUGAGAAAGAGGAGACUGCUGGGAGCUAUGAUAGCCGUAACAAGCAUGAGAUCAUUCGCUGCUUGAAAGCUUUUAUGAACAACAAGUUUGGAAUCAAGACCAUGUUAGAGACGGAAGAAGGAAUCCUGCUGCUGGUCAGAGCCAUGGAUCCUGCUGUUCCCAACAUGAUGAUUGAUGCAGCUAAGCUGCUUUCUGCUCUUUGUAUCCUACCACAGCCAGAGGACAUGAAUGAAAGGGUUUUGGAAGCCAUGACAGAAAGAGCUGAGAUGGAUGAGGUGGAACGUUUCCAGCCACUGCUGGAUGGAUUAAAAAGUGAGACCUCCAUUGCACUCAAGGUGGGAUGCCUACAGCUAAUCAAUGCUCUCAUCACACCAGCUGAAGAACUUGACUUCCGAGUUCACAUCCGAAGUGAACUGAUGCGCUUGGGGCUGCAUCAAGUUUUGCAGGGUCUUCGGAAGAUUGAAAAUGAUGAUAUGAGAGUGCAACUAGCUGUGUUUGAUGAGCAAGGGGAUGAAGAUUCCUAUGACCUGAAGGGACGGCUGGAUGACAUUCGAAUGGAGAUGGAUGAUUUCAAUGAAGUCUUCCAAUUUCUCUUAAACACGGUGAAGGACUCAAAGGCAGAGCCACACUUCCUGUCCAUUCUGCAGCACCUACUGUUAGUCCGAAAUGACUACGAGGCCAGACCGCAGUACUAUAGGUUGAUUGAAGAAUGUAUUUCUCAGAUAGUUUUGCACAAGAAUGGGGCUGAUCCUGACUUCAAGUGCCGGCACCUCCAGAUUGAUAUUGAGGGAUUGAUUGAUCAAAUGAUUGAUAAAACAAAGGUAGAGAAAUCUGAAGCCAAAGCUACCGAGCUGGAAAAAAAGCUGGAUGUAGAGUUAACAGCCCGACAUGAGCUACAGGUGGAAAUGAAAAAGAUGGAAAGUGACUUCGAGCAGAAGCUCCAGGAUCUUCAGGGAGAAAAGGAUGCAUUGGGUUCUGAAAAGCAACAGAUUGCCACCGAGAAACAGGACCUGGAAGCAGAGGUGUCUCAGCUCACAGGACAGGUUGCCAAGCUGUCCAAGGAAUUGGAAGAUGCCAAGAAAGAAAUGGCUUCUCUCUCUGCUGCAGUUACUGCUGUAGCCCCUCCCAUCAGUGCUACUGUUCCCCCUGCCCCUCCUCUGCCUGGUGACUCUGGCACUGCUAUUCCACCCCCACCUCCUCUUCCUGGGGGUGGCACCAUUCCUCCUCCACCACCUCCCCCUCCUUUGCCUGGGGGUGCUGCCAUCCCCCCACCCCCUCCUUUGCCUGGGGGUGCUGCCAUCCCCCCACCCCCUCCUUUGCCUGGGGGUGCUACCAUCCCCCCACCUCCUCCUCCCUUACCUGGUGGACCAGGAAUGCUGCCUCCUCCUCCUCCCCCUCUUCCUGGUGGUACUGGAAUCCCCCCACCCCCUCCAUUUCCUGGAGGCCCUGGCAUUCCUCCACCUCCACCAGGAAUGGGUAUGCCUCCACCUCCCCCUUUUGGAUUUGGAGUUCCUGCAGCCCCAGUUCUGCCAUAUGGACUAACCCCAAAGAAGCUUUAUAAGCCAGAGGUACAGCUCCGGAGGCCAAACUGGUCCAAGUUUGUCGCUGAGGACCUUUCCCAGAACUGCUUCUGGACAAAGGUGAAGGAGGACCGCUUUGAGAACAAUGAACUUUUCGCCAAACUUACCAAUGCCUUCUCUGCGCAGACCAAGACAUCAAAAGCCAAGAAAGAUCAGGAAGGUGGAGAAGAAAAGAAAUCUGUGCAAAAGAAAAAAGUAAAAGAGUUAAAGGUGUUGGAUUCAAAAACGGCCCAGAAUCUCUCUAUCUUUCUGGGUUCCUUCCGCAUGCCCUAUCAAGAGAUUAAGAAUGUCAUCCUGGAGGUGAAUGAGGCUGUUCUGACUGAGUCUAUGAUCCAGAACCUUAUUAAGCAGAUGCCAGAGCCAGAGCAGUUGAAAAUGCUUUCCGAACUGAAGGACGAAUAUGAUGAUCUGGCAGAGUCGGAGCAGUUUGGCGUGGUGAUGGGCACUGUGCCCCGCCUGCGGCCUCGCCUCAAUGCCAUCCUCUUCAAGCUACUGUUCAAUGAGCAAGUGGAGAACAUCAAGCCAGAGAUUGUUUCCGUGACUGCCGCAUGCGAGGAGGUGCGGAAGAGUGAGAGCUUCUCUAACCUCCUGGAGAUUACCCUGCUUGUCGGCAACUUUAUGAAUGCUGGUUCCAGGAAUGCCGGGGCUUUCGGCUUCAACAUCAGCUUCCUCUGUAAGCUUCGAGACACUAAGUCCACAGAUCAGAAGAUGACAUUGUUGCAUUUCUUGGCUGAGUUAUGUGAGAAUGACUAUCCUGAUGUCCUCAAGUUUCCAGAUGAGCUUGCCCACGUGGAGAAAGCCAGCCGAGUUUCUGCUGAAAACUUGCAAAAGAAUCUAGAUCAGAUGAAGAAACAAAUUUCUGAUGUGGAACGUGAUGUUCAAAAUUUCCCAGCUGCCACAGAUGAGAAAGACAAGUUUGUUGAAAAAAUGACUAGCUUUGUGAAGGAUGCGCAGGAACAGUAUAACAAGCUGCGGAUGAUGCACUCUAACAUGGAGAACCUCUAUAAGGAGCUGGGCGACUACUUCCUCUUUGACCCCAAGAAGGUGUCUGUGGAAGAAUUCUUCAUGGAUCUCCACAACUUUAAGAAUAUGUUUGUGCAAGCCGUCAAAGAGAACCAGAAGCGGCGGGAGACAGAGGAAAAGAUGCGGCGAGCAAAACUAGCCAAGGAGAAGGCAGAGAAGGAGCGGCUGGAGAAGCAGCAGAAGAGAGAGCAACUCAUAGACAUGAAUGCAGAAGGUGAUGAAACAGGUGUGAUGGAUAGUCUCCUGGAAGCCCUGCAGUCAGGUGCAGCAUUCCGACGGAAGAGAGGACCCCGUCAGGCCAACAGGAAAGCCGGGUGUGCAGUCACAUCUCUGCUGGCCUCGGAGCUGACCAAGGACGAUGCCAUGACUGCUGUUGCUGCCAAGGUGCCCAAGAUGAGUGAUGGGGUCCCCACAAUCCUUGAGGAAACCAAGGAGUUGGUUGGCCGUGCAAGCUAAUCUGGGUCCUGUGGCCGAGGCUCCUCCUCAGUGGAGCCCCAGACUGUCCUGCCUGCAGCCUGUGCCUAAAGGGUCAUGGAGAUAUCCCUGUGGGUGGCCGUUCCCAUCGCCCCGACCCUGUCUUUCUCUCUGGCCUGCUGCUCUCUGUCUGUCAUACACAGCUUCAGCUGCCUGGGGGCCAGCAGGAGAGGGCGGUAGGGGGAGGCCUGAGCCCAACCCAGCCAGCCCUGGCUGUUGCAUUACCAAAGCAGGCUCUGUGUUCGCUGCCUUAACCCCAAGUGUCUCCUCUCUGUUACUCUGAGGCCUCUCUCAGACAGAGUCCCACCUGCUUUCUCAGCCCCUGGCUUUCCAGUGGGCUUCCCAUAGGUCAAUCUUGCUGGGUUUGUGCUUUUCUUUUGUGGUUUCUCUGGCCCUGAGAACAGCAUGGGGCUUGUGAACCUUUGGGCUAUAUCCCACCUUUCAUUGCGGUCCCCUCUGCUCUGCUCUUUCUUCUCCUGGCUGUUAUUUAUUACUAGUGGUGUGGCAUUGGGAGCUACUUCUAAGGAAGUGGUGAGAAAUCCCACCUUCCUGAGAAAGGCCUCCCAAAACAAAAAAGGACCUGGACCACCUUUAUGUAUUCCACUGGGGCUUAGGCCAGAGCCUGUGGGCAGGCCGGGCAUAGAGACAUUGUGGGACCUGCCCCAGCCUGUGCCAUGCUUUGUGCCCUUGCCUCUCUGGACCCUCUACACCACCCCCAGGCUCCUGAGCCAUGGUCCCUCCUGCCCUCCCCAGAGCUUUGGUGCAUCUCAUCUGGAGUAUUGUGACCAUCCCAACACCUCACCCUCUGUCUCCAAGGAAAUGGGAGGUGGAGCCUCCUGGCUGAGAAAUUGUUUUGCAAAUGGAUCUAUUUUUGUAUGAGAUUUUUUUUUUUUUUAAAGAAAAAUAACUCUUCCUUCCCCCUUUCUCCUCCAUAAUGUAAAAGGCUUUGAUGGCAGGUUCCAGAGUCCUUGGGAUUUCUCCCCACAGGCCUCAACCAGGCCCCUGGACCUCCACCUCAGCUCUCAAGCUCUGGGCCCUUGAUGCCAGUGCAGAUUCUCUCUCCCAGCACCCGGUUCUGGUGGAGGAGGAAGCUCUUCUCUGGUUGAGCUGAGCCAGGUCUAAGAGUAGUGGGAGCUCUGAGACCAGAGUUUUUAUAAAUUUAAUAUAUUUAUCAAGCCAAAUGUGCAGAUGCUAACUGGACACUCUGGGGAAGUGGGCACAGGAGUGCCCCCACACUUUGUACUCCUGCUCCCUUCUGAACAGUGGGCAGGCCAAACUGUUCAGUGGCCCCAGCCACAGGAAGCUCAGACUGGCUCAAGGUGACACUUGUGCCACCCUGUGCUCCUCUCAUCGUCCCACCUGGGUAGGGAGAGAAUAGCACUGUUAAGGCUUGGCCCAGAUACGGUUGUUAGUGCAGGGGGAGCAAGGGGAGACUAGGGACACUUGCACUGAGGCCUUGAGGCCAGGAGGAAGGUUCUGGUUGCUAGAGCCUGUGUGAAGGGCCAACAGCAGUUCUUUUGAGCUAUUCCCGGAAAGACUGGUACAAGGGCCUGCCGCUCCCUAGGUCUCCUUCCUCUCCCUGCUGACAUCUGGGGCUUUGACCCUUCCUUUUUUAAUCUACUUUUGCUAAGAUGCAUUUAAUAAAAAAUAAAUAUUUAAAAAAGGGACAAAAUGCAGACCUAUUUCCCUUGCCUCUCGGGCUUCUGGGAUGUCAUCACCUCCAGUUUGUUGGGUUUGUUUCCAACUGUUAAUAAAGCAUUGAAACAGUA